AUGGCCGAGUACGGCUCGCAAAGGGGACGAGAAUACGGUCGUCCUCCCAACUAUGGCCACGCCUCGCCAAACCAGCGGGAUGCCGCCUUCUCAUCCAUAUUCGGCGCCGCGCCGCCACCAGGAAGAUCUCAGACAAUGACCUCUCAGACUUUCCAGCAGCCUUCCCCAGACCGCGCGCAGACAAUGUCCACGCAGACCUCGGACACGAUGCAAAGAGCGCCACCGAUGAGACAGCAACAGAAUGGCUAUGGACCCAGUUCAGGAGGCGGCUACCAAACAAACGGUUAUGCGCAAGGCCAGCAACCUCCUGAAGGGUACCAUCAAGGGCAACGGCCAGCCGAUGGCUACCUCCCGCAGCCAAUGCGCCAAAACCGCCGCCCAUACGGCGCUCCGGAGCGUCUCGAUGCCCGAACCUCACCCCCUCAACAGCCGCCAUACAACAAGCCCAUGCCACACCGUUAUCCGGGUGGACCUCCGGGUGCUGCGCUCAACCCAGACUCUUCCCGCUCCUACUCCCUAGCCUCCGGGCAGCGGCCCAACUUCCAACCACAAGGCAACAGCUAUCAUGUUGCCCCUGCCCACGCCUUCCGCCAGCAACCAUACAUGAACCACCUCGCACGCACCACUGCCCAAGGCCGCGUCGUCCCCGAGCGGCCAGACGAGCGCGCCAUGUCCAUGACCUCGCACGCGCGUGAUGCUGAGUACGCACAGACAAUGUCUGGGAGGGUGAUACCGAACCGCCGGCGGGAAUCCGCUGGGCCAGAUAGCAUACUGGGCGCAGACAAUACCUCCUCGGGUGGUAUACAUCCUCCGCAGCAGCCCAUAAGCCCGCCCGGAUCCAAGACGCGGACGUCGAGGGAGGGUAGCUUCUCGGCGAAUCACAGUCCCAGAACACCGAGUAUGGCGAGCACAAUUGUUUCGCCAAGCGAGGAGAACUCUAGCUUGACGCUCAGGCCGGGCGUGAGCAAGAGCAACAGCUCUGCGACGCAGCAGACGCAGGCGCAGAUGGUGACUCAAAGGAGAGCGCCGCUAGUAUAUGUCGCGCUCCUCUCCAGAGUCGCAGACAGCUUUCGGGAACUGAUCAGCCUGCAAGAGAAGGAAAAGGACGGCCUGGUGUACAAGAGCGCAUUCUCUGGGGCCGAAGCUGUGGAUCUGUUCGCUUACAUCAUCAAGACCACCGACCGGAACUUGGCUCUGCUGCUUGGCAGGAGUUUAGACGCGCAGAAGUUCUUCCAUGAUGUCACGUAUGCGCAUCGGCUGAGGGACAGCACGAGCGAAAUCUACCAGUUCAGGGAAACGUUGGUGGAGAACGAGUCGGAGGUCAAUGGCGUGUUCACGCUCCUCACAGAAUGUUACUCCCCAACGUGCACAAGGGACAGGCUGUGCUACUCCAUCGCGUGUCCCAGGCGGUUGGAACAGCAGGCAAGGCUAAACAUCAAGCCACAACCUGGCCUGAAGAGGGAAGACUCGAGGACGAGUUUGCACGAAGACCACAACGAGGAGGUCAAGCUUUGGAUUAACACCGUUCCUAAGGAGAUCGCUGACAGUGUACCGGAUCGAGAAAAGAAGCGACAGGAAGUCAUUUCCGAGCUCAUGUAUACGGAGCGCGAUUUCGUCAAGGAUCUCGAAUACCUCCGCGACUUCUGGAUGAAACCGCUGCGCACCAACCCGUCGAUCAUUCCAGAACAUCGACGAGAGCGCUUUGUGUCCACAGUGUUCACGAACUGUCAAGAAGUAUACAUGGUCAACUCACGCCUAGCGGAGUCUCUGACCCGGCGUCAACAGCAAAACCCGGUUGUUCGCAACGUGGGCGAUAUCUUUCUAGAAUACGUCCCGCGCUUCGAGCCCUUCAUCAAGUACGGCGCCAACCAACUCUUCGGCAAAUGGGAGUUCGAGAACGAGAAACGUACUAAUCCGGCCUUUUCCCGCUUUGUGGACGAGACAGAACGUCUCAAGGAGUCGCGCAAGCUUGAACUCAACGGCUAUCUGACGAAGCCCACAACGCGACUAGCGCGGUAUCCACUACUUCUAGAUAACAUUUUCAAGUACACUGCGGACGACAACCCCGACAAGACCGACAUUCCCAAGGCGGUGGCGAUGAUUAGAGAAUUCUUGAGCAAGGUCAACGUUGAGUCUGGCAAGGCUGAGAACCAUUUCAACCUUCUCUCGCUAAACCGAGACCUCAAGUGGCGGCCGGGAGAAUACGUGGACCUCAAGUUGACGGAGGAGAGCAGGCAGCUUAUCUUCAAGGGCGGACUUAAGAAGAAUCCGAACGACCAGACCACGGAAAUCCAGGCGUACUUGUUCGACCACGCUCUCCUGCUUGUGAGGCCAAAGAGUGUCAACAAAAGGGAAGAGAUGAAGGUCUACCGCCGCCCCAUCCCGCUGGAGCUGCUGGUCAUCACGCAGAUGGACGAGGUUCUGCCGAAAAUGGGCAUCUCAAAGCGUCCUUCCUCGUCUUUGAUACCGGGUGCCAAGUCUAGCAGCACAAUGCUUUCGACGACGUCGACUAGCAACAAACAGCAGCAGGGAUACCCGAUAACUUUUAAGCAUUUGGGCAAAGGAGGUUACGAGAUUACGCUGUGGUGCUCGAGUCAGAUCCAGCAGACCAAGUGGAUGGAGCAUAUCGAGGCCCAGCAGCGGAGUCUUAGGGAGAAGAGUCAAGUCUUCAAGAAGGAAAUUCUGAACGAGGGAUUCUUCACUGCAGCGAUACGGGUGAACUGCUGCAACCCAACAGAUGGCGCAAGGAAGUUAGUAUUCGGUACCGACUUCGGCGUCUACAUCGCCGACCGCAAACCAAAGGACGCAUCUCAGAGACCUCGGCGCGUCCUCGACGCCAAAUCCGUCACCCAAAUCGACGUCCUCGAAACGCACUCCAUCCUCCUCGUCCUCUCGGACAAGACGCUGUACUCGUAUCCCCUCGACGCGCUGGAUCCAGAAGACGGCCAAGGCGGCGUCGGCGCUGCAGGGCUGGGCGCCGCGGGCCUGGGCGGCAAGCGUGGACGGAAGAUCUGCCAUGCAAACUUCUUCAAGGCAGGAGUCUGCCAGGGCCAGCAGCUCGUUUGUGCGGUAAAGACUAGCGCGCUGAGCAGCACGGUCAAGGUGUACGAGCCGAUGGAAGGCAUGGGCCGGAGCAAGAAGAAGGGGUUCGCGAAGAUGCUGCAGGGAGGGCAGGAUGUGCUCAAACCGUUCAAAGAAUUCUACAUCCCAACCGAAAGCACCAGCAUCCACUUCCUGCGCACCAAGCUCUGCGUCGGCUGCGCGCGCGGCUUCGAGAUCGUCUCCCUCGACACGCUCGAGACGCAGGGCCUGCUCGACCAGGCCGACACCUCGCUCGACUUCGUCCUGAGCCGCGAGUCCAUCAAGCCCAUCCACAUCGAGCGCCUGCAAUCUGAAUUUCUGCUCUGCUACACCGACUUCUCCUUCUUCGUCAACCGCAACGGGUGGCGCGCGCGGCCUGAGUGGAAGAUCGAGUGGGAGGGCAACCCGACGGGCUUUGCGCUUGUGCUGGGGGGCCAGGGGGGAUGGGUUGUCGCGUUUGAGAGCUGCUUUGUGGAGGUUAGGCGGUUGGAGACGGGUGGGGUAGGGGUUAUUGAGAGGGGGAGGAAUGUUAGGUUGUUGCAUGCGAGUUCGCGGGAGAUCUUAUACGCCUACGAAGACGAAAUGGGCGAGGACGUCAUCGCCAGCCUGGACUUCUGGGGCCGGCCAAGCAGUCCGGCGUACUCGCGGCAGUCGCAGUCUCCGGACUCGACCCCGACAAGCACUGACAAGCGCAUAUCUGACAAGGCGUUCUCAUAA